AUGAAUCCGGCUCAACUACCUGUUCAUCUUCAGCUCGUCCAUCUCCGCGAUGUUCUUUCCACAAAUGGGACACUCCUCGAGGUGCUCAAUCGCGCAGCGAUUCUGAAUUUGCCGAACUGGUACCUCGCUGCAGGAGCCCUGUCUCAGACCAUUUGGAACAAGUUAUCGUCUCUGCCUCCCGAUACUGGGAUCAGUGACUACGAUCUUGUCUACUUUGACGAUUCGGACCUCUCCUACGAGGCCGAAGAUGUACACAUCCAAGCCGGUAAGAAACUCUUCGCUGGCUUAUCCGUGGAUGUUGAGAUCCGCAAUCAGGCGCGCGUUCAUAUGUGGUAUGAAAAGAAGCGCGGAGUCCCAUGCCCAAUUUAUCGAAGCGUGGAAGCGGGGAUUGACUCUUGGAUCUCCUCCAGCGCCAUGCUUGGUGUGAGACUGGAGAAAGAUGGAGAAUGGAGUGUGUAUGCGCCUCGGGGGCUGUCGGAUUUCUUCAAUAUGGUUGUGAAGCCUAACACGGCUGUGGGGACCAGGGAAGUGUAUGAGAAAAAGGCAAAACGUUGGAAGAAUAUUUGGCCGCAGCUUCAGAUUGAAGCUUGGCCAGUGAAACCGUCAGAAUAG